ACAGAUUCAUGAACACAUGACCCCAGAUGAGCUACGGAGCGUCUUCCACGUGGAACAUCACACGAUGGUGCCAGAGUACCACCUCGUCCAGCUCACACAUCACCUCUCCAGGCGGCACGUCUCAUCAGGACAUCAAGCCAACACCAUAGCCCAGGGCAAGAGCAAAAUACCCCACGAGAAGACUAACACAUGGAAAACGGAGACCAGCCCACCUUCUUUGCUGAACGACGAGAUGUUUGUUAAAGCAAAAAAGAAUAUUAAAGAUGUAGAUAUAAUUGGAGACUUGAAUAAUACAGUGAGUGUCGAUUUUAAGGUGUCAAAUUCAAGUGAAAUUAGUGACAGUGAUGUGUUAAGUGAUCUUGAGAGGAUGGUCGAAGGUCAGGAGUUGGAUGUGCAUAAGAUUGACCUUGAGGCCUUCGGACGACAACUCAAGCUGGUGCUGAAGAAACAGGAGGGGUUGUUGAAGAAGGAAGGUUUGAGGAUGUGGAGGGCUCACCAGAAUGAGUCGCAGCCACAUGGUGUGGAUUAUGAAGAGUUGGAAUCGGAAGGUGAAGAAGAUGUUGGUGAUUUGUACCAGGAUGAGGAGAAUGGAGCUGCCCUUCUUAUCAGAAGACACCCCAAACACGGCAAAUUAGUUGUGGAGGGCUCAAUCGGUCACGAUUUGGUCAUUCGUCCCAUCCCCGACUCAAUGACGGCGGCCGCGCAGGACGAUGAGAUGUUCAUGGAUCCUUCCAGCAUGGCUGAUAUGGUAUCUAUUGAUACUGGACUGCCUUUAGUAAAAAGAAAAAGAGAAGAUCAACAAAGGUUGACACAGGCGCUUAAUGGCGCCCAACAUGUGAUCAUCAAGAGAGACCCCGCAGACGCAGAACACGAUCACUUAGGAGAUUACGCAUUCAUGGAACCAGAUCAUUUGGGAAAGCGAUUCAGAAGGAAACGCUCAACUGAGUCUCAUUCCAGACGGAAAAGAGAAGCACCCUACGUGAUUUAUCCUGAAAUUCUGGUCAUCGUUGAUUAUGACGGCUAUAGGUUACAUGGUGGCGACAACGUCCAGAUAAAACGUUACUUCGUAUCGUUUUGGAACGGCGUGGACCUCCGAUACAAACUGCUGAAAGGACCCAGAAUACGGAUAUCCAUCGCCGGUAUCAUUAUUUCUAGGGGUCGAGAUGCUACACCAUACCUUGAAAGAAAUCGUGUUGGGCGCGAUGCGAUUGACUCAGCAGCGGCGCUUACUGACAUGGGCAAGUAUUUGUUCAGAGAGCGACGCUUGCCCGUGUACGAUAUUGCCGUUGCAAUCACCAAACUAGACAUGUGCAGAAGACAAUAUCCCAACGAUGCGUGCAAUAGAGGGACAGCAGGUUUCGCGUACGUCGGCGGCGCUUGCGUGGUGAACAAGAGACUUGAGAAGGUCAACUCUGUUGCGAUCAUUGAGGAUACCGGCGGCUUCUCCGGCAUCAUUGUCGCUGCUCACGAAGUUGGACAUUUACUAGGAGCAGUCCAUGACGGUAGUCCCCCACCCUCAUAUUUAGGAGGCCCCGGAGCUGAGAAGUGUAGGUGGGAGGACGGAUACAUCAUGUCAGACCUGAGGCACACCGAGAAAGGAUUCCGGUGGUCACCCUGCAGUGUACAGAGCUUCCAUCACUUUUUGAAUGGCGAUACAGCGACCUGCCUGUACAACUCCCCCCACGAGGACGACUCACUCCCGCGCGUGCUGCCCGGACGACUACUCACCUUAGACGCUCAGUGCCGGAAGGACCGAGGCACGAGCGCAUGUUUCAAGGACGAGCGAGUGUGUGCGCAACUGUUUUGUUUCGACGCGGCCAGCGGGUACUGCGUCGCUUACAGACCCGCCGCUGAAGGAUCGCCUUGUGGUGAUGGACAGUAUUGUAUAAACGGUCGGUGUAUAACCGAACACGAGAACAUAAUCCCCGACUACUCGCAACACACGCCGAGCUACGUGCGGCCGGAGACGAGCCCCUUCUAUGGAAAUAUCACCAGUAACGAUGGAACGACACAGCCGUACGUAGCUAGUACCUCGGCGCCAACAGCACAAACCACAAAAUAUAAGAGCACAGAAUACACUACAACUAGUACUACAACGACCACCACAACCACAGAGAAACCAUACUUCCAGUUCACGACAAGGAAACCAUUCCAGUUCUUUACCACUAGAACAACGAGUUCAACACCAACAAGUAUCACAUACCCAGUAAACAAAUACUCGAUCACAUCAACAAAAAGUCCCUACGACUUCAAGGACUUCACAACUCGACCUACAACAACCACUUCGACCACAGAGAAAAGAGGUUUCUACAAAAAGGAGGACUUUGACGGCUUUUUCAGACGGUCCACGACAAAAAGUCCGUAUCAAGAUAAAAGUAUAAAGUCCGUUUUCAAAUUCGGCACUUAUUAUUCGCAAGCCAAGUCCAGUGAUAACUCUAUAAGGCCUGAUGCUAAUUCGCAGCAAGUUCAAAUCGAACCGGCGAGGUUAACGUACUCGUUUCGAAGGAAUAUGACCACGGGAGAACUAGUUCGACAUUAA